AUGGCACCGAGUGUUGCUGGCCUUGCGCAGGCUUUCAACCAGGACUAUGUACGGUGGAUUGUCGUAUCUGGCCUGGUUGUUCUCGGGAUCUACUGGUGGUCGACCUCGACGGAUAUUCCCAAGAUCAAAGGGAUUCCUGAGAUUCCCGGUGCAAUCCCCAUAUUCGGUCACCUCCUCCAGCUGGGCGAGGAUCAUGCGACAGUUUGUGAAAGUUGGUGGCGGAAAUAUCGUCAAUCCGUUUUCCAGAUAAGGCUAGGAAAUACGAGAGCGGUUGUGGUCAGUUCGUUUGACGAUGUCAAGCAAAUGCUUGUCGGACACCAGACGGGCGUCAUCGAUCGACCCACACUGUACACCUUCCAUGGAGUUAUCUCAUCCACACAAGGCUUCACAAUCGGCUCCAGUCCUUGGGAUACCUCUUGUAAGAACAAGAGGAAGGCUGCUGGCCAAGCACUGGGUCGCCCUGCAAUGAGAGGCUAUUUUGACAUGUUCGAUUUGGAAUCAUACUGUAUCGUACGAGACCUCUUCAGGGAUAGCAAAAAUGGUGCUCUCGAAAUUGGCGUGCGUCCUUAUAUCCAGCGUUUUGCGCUCAACACCACUUUGACGCUUUGCUAUGGGAUUCGCAUGGACAAUGUGUACGAUGACAUGCUUCGGGAGAUUCUGCAUGUCGGAUCCGCCAUCUCUCUUCUUCGGUCCGCCUCCGAGAACUAUCAGGAUUAUGUUCCAAUCCUAAGGUAUCUUCCCAACAACGAGAAGAAUCAGCGCUCCAAAGAACUUCGUGAUCGACGAGAUCGAUAUCUGAAUUUCCUUCUCAACAAAGUCCGGGAUAAGAUCCAGAAAGGAACCGACAAGCCAUGCAUCAGUGCAGCAAUCCUUAAAGAUCAAGAGACCAAGCUCACAGGUGUUGAAGUUUCCUCGAUUUGUCUGUCUCUUGUCUCUGGUGGGUUUGAAACGAUUCCCGGGACACUGACUUCGUGCAUCGGAUCACUUGCCACCAAGGAAGGUCAAAUGUUCCAGGAGCGUGCUUACGAGGAUAUCAAGCGAUAUUAUCCAGAUCUCGAGUCAGUGUGGUCCAAUAGCUUCCAAGAAGAGAAGGUCCCAUAUGUGAAUGCCAUCAUCAAGGAAGCUGCUAGAUACUAUACUGUCAGCGCAAUGUCCCUCCCUCGGAAGACUGUGACAGAGAUUGACUGGAACGGCGCCAAAAUCCCGCCAAAGACCAUGAUACUCAUCAAUGCACAAGCAGCCAAUCACGACGUUGACCAUUUCGGCCCGUCCGGAGCAAUCUUCAAUCCGGAAAGAUGGCUAAACGAUGAUUUUGUUUCAAGUCCAACGACUGGCGUUCCCGAGGAGAAGCCAGGGCAGGGCAUUCAGCACUUCUCCUUUGGCGCUGGUUCACGAGCGUGCUCAGGGCAAUUCAUCGCCAGUAGACUCCUGUACACGGCACUGAUCAGACUGUUGGCGUGUUACAAGAUUGUGGCAAGCGAGACGGAGCCUCCCAAUACGGACUAUGUUGAUUACAACCAAUUCAAGUCUGCCCUUGUGGCCAUCCCCAGAGACUUCAAAGUCAAGCUGGUUCCGCGGCACGACGAGAGCACCAUCGAGGAAGUCAUGGCCGCAGCGGCAGAUAGAACUAAAGACUACUAUGCAGAGGACGACUAA